ACACUUAGCAUGCAAGAGAUUCAAGCCUGAAGACACGCAGUAUCCACCUUCAUUCUAGGACCUUCUUCCUCAAAUGGCUCUGAUCCGCACCUGACCUCCAUUUCCAAUACCAAUCAGAAGUCCCCAAACGGCAAGUCGUGUUGACGAUGGAGCCCCAGUACUCGAAGCCGGCCCGCGCGUACGGGCCCCAGCUGAAAAUGACUAUCCCGCCGUCGCAAUCACAGUCCGACAACGACCGGACCAGCGGUGAGCUGCGCGCGCUGGACUGCAACCUCGCUUCGCUCUGCGACCACAUCCAGGUCGAGGGCUUCAACUCGGGUUCCUUCUCCGACGUCGUCGUCCACUCCAUGGGCUCCACCUACCACCUCCAUCGCCUCAUUCUCUCUCGCAGCUCCUACUUCAGGAACAUGCUUCAUGGUCCUUGGAAAGAAGCCAAUGCUCCAAUUGUCACCUUACAAGUAGAUGAUAAGAAUGUUAAUGGCGAGGCUAUUGCAAUGGCAUUGGCUUAUCUAUAUGGGCACCAUCCGAAGCUUAAUGAUAACAAUGCAUUUCGAGUUCUAGCGGCUGCUUCCUUUCUUGACCUUCAGGAUUUGUGUGCAAUUUGCACAGACUUUAUUAUAUCCGAAUUAUGGACUUCAAACUUCUUAGCAUAUCAGGUUUUUGCAGAAAGCCAAGAUUAUGGCAUACACGGAGAGCGGGUGAGAAAUGCUUGCUGGGGUUACCUUUGUCAAAGUGGCUCCAUGGAGUUGAAAGAGGUGCUUCCAAAACUUUCCUCACAAACCUUGGAUGCGCUGUUAACCUCAGAUGAAUUGUGGGUACCUAGUGAAGAGAAACGGUUUGAACUGGCAUUGUACACGUUCCUUGCAAAAGGCGCCCAUUGCAAGGCAGAACAUUCUGAGCAAGAAAGUUGCAGUUCUGAGACGGGAACGGAUAGUCACUCUGAUUCUCCUCAAGCAAAGGGAAAAAUUUUGAUCGAUAGCUGCACUAAUAAGAUGUUGGAAUCUGAACUAGGAUGCUUAAGUUUAAAAGAUGACCUUGAAGGCCAUAAUACUGCUCAUAAUCUGCUGGUUGAGCUUGCUGACUCUGUGGUUGACUCUCAAACAGGAAUUUCCCAUUCUAACCAACCGGUGCAGGAAACUGCAUACUCUCAGUUGAAUAUGGAGCCAAGAUUCCCCUGCAACACGGAAGGACCUUCAUCAUCAAGUCCCUCAUUCGCAGAUGUAGAUGGAAUCAGAACCUCAUGUUCCUAUGUUGAAAUGCCAAUUGGUGUUAGAGCAAGUGGACUGGGGACCACUGGAAUGGCUAUGGAAGGGCCAUCUGAAGAAGGCCCAUGCUACCAUCUGAAUAACAAUAGCUGGCUUGCCAGGGACCAAUCAAGGCAGUGCUCUUCAAUGAGCUCUUCCUGUAAUGGGCUCAUGAUGAAUGAUUGGGAAAGAUGUGGCAUGCCUCCUCUUUCAUGGGGUGGCAGGGUUGUGGGCAAGAGACAGCUAAAGGGUUAUGCUAGAGGGAAUUGCGGGGUUCGUGGGGAAGAAUAUGAUGCAUUUGUUAAUAUAUUUGAAGGGGGUUCUCUCUUGUAUUGCAACAUGUCAUUUGAGGCACUUUUAAGCGUGAGAAAGCACCUUGAAGAAUUGGGGUUCCCUUGCAAAGCUGUAAAUGACGGUCUUUGGCUACAGAUGCUUUUAAGCCAGAGAGUGCAAGAAAUUGGUGCUGAUACAUGCAAAAGUUGCUGCCUCUCAAGCAUGGUAUGCAAUUGUAGGCAUCCAUUUAGAUUUUCGCAUGGACUCCCAACCACUGGAUAUUACAUGCAAGAGCAUGAUCAUACUUCUCCUGGAAACAUGGGGAAUGUAUAUGUUGCUGAAUCUGCUCAAGGUGAAGGAAAUGGUCUAUUUAGACAUGUACGUGUGCAUGUUAGGGGGCCUAUUGAUGGGCUUGCUGGUAUUGGACGUGGAACUACAUUUGUGCCUGCAGCUGCUUCGCCUCCAACACGUUUUGUCUUUUCACGUGUCCCUUUUGGCAUGAGCAACAGAAAUGGUCAGCAGUCUCUUGCUAAUGAUGAUUCAGAGACAAGAGCUGACCAUGGUGGGGACCUUUCUGGAGAUGGGUUGACAGCUUUGGUUGGCCUAAGCCACGGAGGGUGCAAUGUAGCUAAUGUUCAUGGAGAGCAAAUGGAGACAGAGUAUGAAAUGGAUCUGCAGAGCAGAAUGUCUGGAACUUCAAUUGCAGCACCGAGUAGUAGCAGCAUCCCUAUGCAGAUGCUUGAGUCACCAGGGCAUGCUGUUGGGAUUGAGUGGGAGAAUGCAAACAGUUCAUCUAUCUCAUUGGACUUGAAAACACCUUUAAGUCACUUCCCUCCUUUUCGCUUUGGGGUGCAAUUUGAGGAUGUGCACAGGCUCAGUGAUGGUCAAGUCAAGCACUCUCCUGAAGUUUUUUAUGCUGGUUCUUUAUGGAAGGUCAGCGUUCAGGCUUUUAAUGAUGAAGACCCUCAGGGACGGCGAACACUAGGUUUAUUUCUUCACCGUCGGAAGGCAGAGAUAACCGAUUACCUUAAAAAGGUUCAUAUGUAUGUGGACUCUCGAGAAAAGGUUACUGCCCGUUAUCAGUUGAUUUGUCCAUCAAAACGGGAAGUCAUGCUGUUUGGAAGCUUCAAACAAGCAGGCACUCUUUUGCCAAAAGCUCCAAAGGGAUGGGGUUGGCGAACAGCUCUUUUAUUUGAUGAGCUUGCUGAUCUACUCCAAAAGGGGACCUUACGGGUGGCUGCUGUUGUCCAGCUCGUCUGAAAUGUAACAAAAUGUAAAUCACACCAAGAAGAGCCAGUUCCUCGAGCGAAGACGACAACUUGUAAUUAUGACUGUGCAUAUGUGUAUUAAAAUUUUGGGUAACAAGGGCAUGACCUGGUUAUAAACUUAAUAAUUUUCUGCUUUAGAAUUGUAUUGCUGAUUGAUAUCAAUUCAAUGCUGUGUAUACAGUUUAUAAAAUCAAACUUUUUUGAUGGGAUA